GUGAGCUGGCCAGUGAGAUGUCGGUCGAGUGGCGCGAGUUCUGGCCGUUCUCGGCCGCCACCUGGACCUCUCCUCAGAGGAAGGACUUCAGGCACUCGAGGAGCAUCUUCACAAACAGAUCUGCAAACUCAUGGAUACGACGGCGAACCUGGAGGAGGUCGCCCGUCGUCUCUCCCCCUCCACCCCUCCCGCCCCGCGCUCACCCCUCGGUCCAAAGACCCCUCUCUCCUCGCGCUCCUCUCCUCUCUCCUCGCGCUCCACGCCUCUCUCCCCUGUCAGCGCCCUCUGUCGCGAUCUGCACGAACUGCGACUCGAAGACCGCACGGUGGAGGAAGAGGCCGAGCAGGUGGCGCCACCUAUAUCGCCGACAGUGGCGCCGCGGCGCGGCCGGCUGCGGGAACUGCUGCGCGGCCGGAGUUCAGAGCCGCUGCCGAGGGAGCUGGACAGUGACAGCGAGGCAGAGGAGGAGUUUUACACGCCGCCGUCAUCGGCCGAAUCUGCAUCGCCGGCCACACCCGGUCAGGCGCCCGAGGUCUUCAUACACGGGCGGCAGCCGUCCACGGCCGACCUGGACGCGCUGCGUGCUCUGGAGACGACCAAAGUGGACCCGGUGCGGUUCCCGGGCGUGUGCAACUGGCGCAGUCAGGUACUGGCCCGGUCUCGGACCCAGGGCUUCAGGUUCGCCACGCCGCGCCGCCCGACGUGCCGUCCGCCGGCGGUACCUGAGGGGGACGGAGCGUCCCCCCUGGCCCGGCCGGCCUCCAGCCGACUGCCCCUGCAGCUCAGACCCUCCGCCGGCAUCAACGGUCCUCGGUAGGGCCGGCUGGGGAGAUGCCGUAGUGCAUAGGAGAGAAUGUCGCCAGGUCUAGUGGCAGCGGCGAGAAAAGGCGUCAGAUCUAGUUACAAAACUGGGAGAAAGUCGGGAAAUCUGGUAACGGCGAUGAGAAAAAAAAACACGUUAGAUCUGGUGAAAAGACAAUGUGACAGAAAGUCGACAGAUCAGCACGGGGCAUUAGUAGGACAUAGACGCCGGGUUUCGAUAACAUUUUCGUAGGCGCCUGAUCUGCUGGUCAUACUAAAAUAAUAUCGAUAGAUAAGUUGAUGGUAACAAGGUAACUCACUGAUACGUGGUAGCAGUGACACCGUAAAUGCGCCAAGUAUGAAGCCAGUAUGCAUUCUAUCAUAACAAAAAAGCCUUAAAGUGAUUUGCGGCCUGCCGCAUUUAACGGUCUGUGUGAGGGUUGUCAGGACUGCUAGUUCGAUGAUAUUAAAAAAAAUCGUCAAAAAUAUAUUCUGCUUCAACGAUGCAAAGACCUCCCAAGUGUCUUAGUUUUCCAUUUCACCAUAAUUUCACUCUGUGAUUUCUGUAAUUGUUCGUUAUGCUAAAAGUGCUCAGUAACCAAACAGGACUUAUGGCAAACGAGGUAAUUCAUUGAGUCAGAAUGUCAGUGAAACCGUCAAGUGUUGCUGUCGUUUUAAGUGUGGUGUGUGAAACAUAUUCUGCCAUUGUUCCAAAGUACCCUGCCUUGCAGUGCCGAGCAGUAAGCCGAGCGUUGGUCUUGCGCCGUUGCGGAGAGUGAUGACGUGCUUUGUCUUCUGUUAGUGUCGAACUUCUACUGGGGAAAGGCUUCGCCGUCGCCUUCCCGCACUGCUAUGUAUUGUGGUGCAGCUGUGGUGUGAUGAUGUCACAUAUGACGUCAGUGCAGUGUGGCGUCAUACAAAUCCUGGUGUAGAAUUCAGAGAAAUGGCUGGCCAGAGGAGUGGUUGUCUUCCAUGAUAUAUUUUGCAUUCCUAUAUUUUAUCCCUCUGGCAAUAUCGCAUGGUUUUCUCAUACCUACCUGCUUUGAAUCAUCUCAUCCGUCCUAUCGGAUCCUAUUUUAUGCCUACUCCAUCAAUGUUCUAAGUAGGUCUGUGCGCCUAGGCUGUGCCUUUUGUAUCGCCACUCUGCCUCUGGACCAAUUUAGUAUUCCGCUUGGUAAUUUCAUCUGUUUUAUUUACCUUUUCCAUGCCGAUCCAGCUUUGAAGAAAUCAGCUUAGUGUUUUCGAAAGUUCUCAUUUUCGUCAUCAUUUAGUGUUCCUCAUUAUCUUAAAUAUCCGUAUAGAUAUUUUGCCAUAUCAGGAUUUCAGAAUUUGCAUCUUUUGUAGCGUAUCAAUGGUUUAAAUUGUUUUGUUUUUAACUUUUCACUCGCACAUAGAAUGCCAUACUAGGGUAGCCAUAUUUCAUGAUACCAAAGUAACCCAGAGAAGACUUUAUGCCCUGCUUGUGUGCUUUCUGGGUCAGAAUUCAGAAGGUGAUGUACGGCUCCAUUUUCUAGAAGUGGUAUCAAUCAUAGCGUAAGUUCAGUGUGUUGGGUUAUGCACAGAGGCAGCUACCGGCCAUCGAUGACGUCAUUAAUCUGUGAUGUCACCGGCUGGGUUGUCUGUUCGAGUGUUAAUCUUUCUGAUCGAGGCUGUUCUUCUUUCUGCUAGUAGUGGUGAAACCAGAUUUGUUUCGUAAUAUGAAGUCGACUUUCUGCUGAUGUGACUGACAUCUCAGAUAUCGCGUUAAUUACUGUAUUCGGGGAGCACACACGGGAAGUUUACACCUAUAUCGAACGGCAAAGAACGGAACAUAUGUUCAACCAAGCAUGUCUUUUACUAUCCUAUCUGUGUGUUCAGCGAGCUUCUCUUGUGCCAGGAGAGUGUAACGUUUAACGACCAUGUCGGUACUGUGAAAUGUGGCGCGUGUGGUCCAUCUAGGGUCCAGUGUCACUCAGUGACGUACGGAGACUGGGUGCCGGACACACCCCCCAUUGGGUGCCGUCGCACCCCCCACUGGGUGCAGUGCUGGGUGCCCCACUGGGUGCAGAGAGUACGGCGGUUAGGGGGCCGGUCCCUCGGCAAUCGCCACUGCUGUGAUAAGGGCUCUGUGGUUCUUGGUUAUAAAUACAUAGCUGCGUUUGUUUGA